CAUGAAUCUUCCUAAACGUAGCAAGAGAGCAAAGCGAUUACAGUCUUCACUGGCAUUUUUGUUAACUUUCAAUUUUUCGGAAAUGCCCAGUUCUUUGGCUAUUCUCGCUUUCGCAUGUGCUCUGUAGGGAGCUGACGCUAAACUGUUUAUAAUUUAUGAAAAGGGGUGUUGUAAAUCGAAUAUGAGGACUUAUGAAAUUGCGGAAUGAAUUUAUGUUGAUAAAAACAUUGAAUUGGUUGUCUAGUUUGUUGUAUUCGUGCCUUACUUUAUCUCCAAACUGAAGUUCAAUCUUCAGAUGCUUCCAAGACCAUGAUUUGCCUUUUUAAGGGUCUGGGAAGGGUGAGAUUGUCUCAUCUCAAAUGGGGACUAUCAAGCCCCUGCCUAAGUCUGUUCGUAGUUCUGUGCGUGCUGGCAUUAUUCUCUAUGAUGUCACGAAGGUUGUGGAAGAGCUUGUUUAUAAUAGCUUGGAUGCUGGUGCAUCGAAGAUUUCAAUUUUCAUGGGCAUUGGGACAUCCUAUGUUAAAGUAGUGGACGAUGGAUCUGGUAUUACUCGCGAUGGGUUAGUCUUGCUAGGAGAAAGAUAUGUGACAUCAAAAUUUCACGAUCUUGUCGACAUGGAUUCCAAAUGCGGAACAUUUGGCUUUCGAGGAGAGGCAUUGGCUUCCAUUUCCGAUGUAUCGUUGGUGGAGAUCAUAACUAGAGCAUGUGGGAGGGCAAAUGGAUAUCGUAAAGUCUUAAAGGGUUGUAAAUGCUUGUAUCUUGGAAUUGACGAUGAUAUGGAAGAUGUUGGCACUACUGUUAUUGUUCGAGAUCUGUUUUACAACCAACCAGUUCGAAGGAAACAUAUGCAAUCCAGCCCCAAGAAGGUCUUGCAUGCAGUCAAGAAAUGUGUAAUUCGAACUGCCCUCAUACAUUCUAAAGUUUCCUUCAAACUUGUAGACAGUGAAAGUGAGAGUAUCCUUCUUUGCACGGAUCCCUCUCCUUCUCCUUUAUCACUUUUGAGAAGUGGCUUUGGUAGUGAGGUUUCCAGGUCUCUCCAUGAAUUAAAAAUCGGUGAUGGGGACUUAAAGCUUUCUGGCUAUAUAUGCAGUCCGUUUGAUAGCUUCAGUAUCAAGGCUGUUCAAUACGUCUAUAUUAACAGGCGAUUCAUUUUCAAGGGCCAAAUUCAUAAAUUACUUAAUCAACUGGCCAGUAGAUUUAUGAGCCAGGAUCCGCAGACUGAUCAUGUCUGUCACAGAAGGAAGAGAAGCAGGUCUGAAGCAAAUCCUGCUUAUGUUUUAAAUUUAGACUGCCCAGGAUCUUUCUACGACCUAACAUUUGAGUCAUCUAAGACCAUUGUUCAGUUUAAGGACUGGACCCCAAUACUUACCUUCAUUGAAGAAGCCGUUCAACAAUUUUGGAAAGAAAAAUAUAAUUGUGGAAAAUCUUUGGUCCAUACAACCCCCAUAGUUGGAGAUCAGCUGUGGAAGGAUGAAGAUAACAUGAUUUCAACAAAAUCAAAGAAUAUUCCAUCUGUGAAGAAGAGCAGAAUGCAAAGCUGUCAGGCUUCCCUUACCGAUUUGUUUUCACCAUCAGUUAUGCUCACGGAACAUGAUGAUAUCUUGUCCCAUAGGUUGCAUGACAAAAAGGCACGUGAGAGUUCACACACAAGUUCAAUUGAAUUGGAUGAUGGUGACCAAGCAGCUAGGAUGCAAUUUAGUUACCAAGCCGACCAUUUCUCAAAAUCAUGGGAUACUCCCUUGGCAAAAUGCUCAACUACAGCUGUCCAAAACAAUGACACUUACCAAUCGGUACCUGAAAACUUUUUUGUAUCUGAAGACUCCUUUUUGGAUAGAAGACUGAAUUCUCCCCAAGGAUGUGAUGACAUUGUUGAGGACAAUAUCUUCUGUUCAGAUUUGAAAGGUCAAUCAUCUAAAAUGCGUUUCAAUAUGAUCACUGGUUCUGCCGGAAGUACACCAUCUUCCUACUUUGAUGAAUUUAGCUACGAUGAAUACAUCUUAACGGGUAACAAACCCUCACUUAGGGGAUGUUCCUCAUGGAGUAGCUUUCAACUUGAGAGUACUUCAAUUCCUGGUGACAAACUGUAUGUUCAAAAUGAUGUCAUCAAAAGAACCCAAAUGCAAAAAAUACCUGAUGAUGAAGUUGACAUUCUAAAGCUUGAUGCUUACUUCAAGGGUUCUGAUCUUUGUGCCGGCACCUCAUCACAUGCUGAGCACGUGCAGAAGUUUUUGUCAAGUUAUCAGACCAGAAGUUCCCCAAACGGUCCCGUGACUUCAAAUUUCAUAUUAGCCUCAGAAUGGGACGUUGAUUGCUUUAGUGUUAGGGAUGAGGGUGAAAGGAGCUGGAGAUCUAGAGAUAGGACACCCGUCAAGGAUUUAGUGGAUGAUGAUGAAAAGGGCUGCAAAUUUGAUUGUGAUAUCACGUUGAGUAGUUCCAACAAAAAGAAUUACAUAGCAAGCUGUAUCGAUAGUACACUGAUAAUUGAUGAUGUUUUUGAUGCAAGAGAGGACCUUAGCACCUUCCUUAAAAAAUCUAACCAUGUUAAACAUUCUUCUCCUGUGAGUCCAGAUAUGCACUCCCGUCAGAAGUAUUUUUUCAAUUGGAGAUUGCCUGGAAGAGAUUGUGAAAAGGCUUGUGAAAGCUCAGAGCUUAUGUUUGGACAUCAAACUUUGAAAGAGAAGUAUUUUUCUGUUGAAAGGCCUAGAAGAGGCAAAUCGGCUCCACCUUUUUACAAAAGAAAGACUAGUUUCUAUUGCCUGGACCAAACAAAGGCAGAAAGGCCUCAUGCCACUAGUUUCUAUUGCCUGAACGAAAGAAAAGCCAAUAAGUCUAGUGCCACUAAUUUCUAUUGCACGGACCAAGGGAAAGUUGAAAAGCUUCAGGCACCGGUCUUCCUUGACAGGCCACCUCAUUUAGAACUAGGUGAGUUGAGAGAUUCCAAACAUUUCUUUGGUACUAGUAAUCGAUAUGUUAAGCCAUUUCCUGUUGAUGACUCAUUGAUGGGAACCAGAUCUGCCAGAACAGCUACGAUAAAGAUGCCUGCUAUUAUGGGAAAUGAUGAGGAGAAACAAGGAGAGAUUUCCAAGCAGUCCCAAUGCGAUGUUAAGGUCACUGAAGGUGUUAUAGAACUAUGCUCAAAGGAAACUCAAGAGUCCUCAGAUUUAUGGAUCAAAUGGCAUAAUUGCUGUCCAACUACAAUAAAUGAGGAUUCACAUGCUUUUGACGAUGAAGUUAGUAUACUUGAUAUCACUUCAGGGUUCCUAUCUCUUGCUAGCAAUUCCUUAGUUCCCGAAUCCAUCGAUAAAAAUUUCCUUGAAGAUGCAAAAGUACUUCUACAGCUUGAUAAGAAAUUCAUUCCAGUUGUAUCUGGCGGAAUACUGGCUGUUAUCGAUCAGCAUGCUGCAGAUGAAAGAAUUCGACUUGAAGAUCUUCGUCAAAAGCUGUUGUCUGGUGAAGCAAAGACUACAACCUAUCUGGAUGCUGAACACGAGCUGGUGCUGCCAGAGAUUGGUUACCAGUUGUUGUAUAACUAUGCCGAUCAGGUUAAAGAGUGGGGUUGGAUCUGUAGUAUUCAUGCUCAAGAUUCAAAAUCCUUCCGAAGCAAUUUGAACAUCCUACACAAGCAGGAAACGGCCAUCACGCUAAUGGCAGUACCCUGCAUAUUAGGGGUUAAUUUAUCUGAUGUAGAUCUUCUGGAGUUUCUUCAUCAGCUUGCUGAUACAGAUGGCUCAUCAACAACGCCACCAUCCGUACUUCGAGUUCUUAAUUCAAAGGCCUGCAGAGGUGCAAUUAUGUUCGGAGACUCUUUGUUACCUUCAGAGUGCUCCCUCAUUGUUGAGGAACUGAAGCAGACUUCUCUGUGUUUCCAAUGUGCCCAUGGACGACCAACGACGGUCCCUCUUGUGGACUUGGAGGCAUUGCAUAAGGAGAUAAAGGAGCUGGAAAUACUGGACAGAAGUGGUUCAAAUGGAACGUGGAAUGGUCUGGGGCGACGUGAGCUGAGCAUAGAAAGGAUGUUGCAGUGCUUGAGGUCGGCCGAAGGUUUAUAGUACUCCUGGGAAAUGCUGCCUUUUCAUUGAGGAGACUAAGUGCCCGGAGCCCGGAAUAAUAGCAGUCUGCAGAAGAGGAUGGAUUGAGUAGCAUUGUUAGAUCAUGUAUAGAACCAGACGUUGGCAAUGAUUUGUCGAAAAGAGCAGUGUUUAUAGUUUAGGUUCCUUGGAGUUUUGGUUGUAAUUCUUUCCAAUAGACAGUUAUCUACCCUCCAUAUAAAUAUUCAUUUCCAAUAUGGUGAAUAAAGCUGAAUGAUAUGUUUCUUAAACGAAACGGCGGAUUUGAUUUGGUUU